AUUUCAGUCGCAAACGGCCCAUGAAACAGUCUGCUCUGUACAGCGAUUAUAAAUAAAACUGUAUGAAAGUUGCCAAUAAUAAAUAGCUAACAGAUAUCAGACGGGCGUUGUGUUUUGUUCCGCGUGCGUUGAAAUAAGUUUGUGAAUUGUGAAGACUAAUCAAAAUAUUGAUCUUGAGAAUCAGAUCGUUUCGCCUCGCAACAUGAACAAGGAGAUAGAAUAUGAAGACGAGCAUUUCGUAGACGUGAACAAGUUGCCGUUGAAGCCUCCGCAGCCGGCGCCGACGCCGGAACGCACGCACCGCCGUCCAUGGCACCCUGUCAUGUGGGACGACUCCAUCACGGGAGGCCUAGCUCCGGACCAAACGCUAACCGCACAAGAGCAGGCGCCAGUGUCGCACGAGUACCCGCAUAAGCAACGCAUCCGCAACCUCCGCAGACUCAUCGCCGACGGGAAGAUCAAGCCCACAUCAGAAACUCUCAUCUUUUUUCUUUGCAAUAAAUUCGCCGUCUCCGACGAACGACAAAACAAAAUUUCCGUUUGAGACUUGUAAAUAUUUCAAAUUAUUUAAUUUGUGAAAAUAAAAUACACAUGUAUAUAAUUAACAAAAGCAUCACAUAUAUGUAUGUACUGAAAUAUUCCUAGCGGAAAGUUAACGUCGGGGUGAUAAAUACAAAAAAAUAAUUUUGUAAAAA